AUGUCCGUGCCGCAGAGCAUCGCGAGCGUCCCCGCGCCGCCGCGCCCCGGGACCGCGUCUCUCCGCGGCGGGCCGACGACGACGACGACGCGACCGGGGACCGGGUUCAACGGCGGCGGGGCCGGGUUCCGACCGAACGCUGGCUCGAUGCCGUCCCUCUCGCGCCCGGCGACGCAGGCGGCGACGGGGGGGCGCGCCGCCCUCGGCGCGGCGACGCCGACCGGCGGCGUGCACGGCGGCAGGCGAGUCCUCGACGCGAGUUAUUUUUUAAACCGGCUGCGUCGGAAAAACCGCGAGGUGCAGACGGAGAGCUCGAAGCUCCGCGACGAGCUCGAGAGCCGCAGCGCGGGGGACAGCGCGCACGACUUCAUCACGCGCAGGCACGACGCGCUGACGCGCGAGGUGGCCGAGCUCAGGGCGCGGCUCGCGGAGCAGAACAUCGUGCUGGAAGCCGUCGCGGCGAGCGGCGGCGGCGGCGGCGGGUCGGGAUCAGGAGUGGGCUCGGGCCCCGACGAGAUCGCGCGACUCGCCGCGGAGACGACCGCGCGCAACGCGGACGACCGAAAGCGCGUGGACGCGGUGUUCAACGAGCGCAUCGCGGUCGAGCAGUCCGCGAAAGAGCUCGAGGCGCAGGUGCGGAGUUACCAGGAGAAGACGAAAGGGAUGAUCGACCAGUUGCCGCCGGCGCGGCGACGCGAAUACGAAUCGCUCGCUGAGAGAAACGCGACGUUGCAGGCCGAGGUGGCGAAGAUGGAGGCCGCGCUCGAGAAGGCGUCGAGCGAGCUGUCCGCCGCGGAGCACGAGCUCGCGCGGGAUCAGAUCAAGCAGCGGGAGCUCGCGCUGCGGGACACGCUGUCGUCGCUGACGGCGAGAAAGCGCGAGUUGAAGACGGACGAGGAGCGCUUAAAGCUGUCGCCGAGCGAUCAGCGCGCGCGGCUCAAGGAGCAAAUACGCGCGCACAACGAGGAGAUCGCCGCCGCGGAGAUUGAGAUCGCGGAGCUCCAGAAGCUCGUUCGCAAGGGCGAGAGCAAGCUGCAGGAGGUGCGGGUUGACUUGAACGACCAACGCGGCGAGGGCGGGCUCGACGACGCGGACAAGUACGACAAGCUUCUGAGCCAAGAGAAGGAGCUCAACGCGUUCAUCGACGGCUUCGACGGGUCGAGAGCCGCGGCGCUGAACGACGUCGCCGCGCGCAAGGACGCCAUCGUGCGCCUGCUGGAGAAGAUCUCCAGGAACUUACUCGUGAAGGGCAACGUCCCCGACAAGGCGCGGUUCGACGCGAUGCGAGGCGAGUUGGAGUAUAAAAAGACGCAAGUCGGACACGCGACGGCGACGUCCGCGCGGCUCGAGGAGGAGAAAGCCUUGCGCCAGGCGGAACUCGAGAAGAUCGGGACGCUCGAGGAGAAGAUCGCGACGGAGCUGGCGGAGCUGGAGAAGAAGGCGGUGGCGUUGAACGCGGAGAUGAAGGGCUUCGACGACGUCGACGGGCUUCGAGCGGACGCGGAGAAGACCAAGGCGAGGCUCGAGCGCGAGCGCGUCUCGUACGGCCAGCGCGAGGCGGCGACGAGGGAGCUCGUGGACGCGAAGGUCAAGGCGCACGACGCGAAGCGCGAGCAGCUGCGAUCGAACGCGGCGUACAAGGAGCUCGAGAAGCUCGAGGUGAAGAUGCGCGUGCUGGAGCAAGGGAACCACGGGAUGCGCGAGUACGUCGACGCGAGAGAGGCGGAGAGCGACGUGGGGACGCUGAUGCACAGCGUGGACGAGGUGUACGACGAGUUGAACGCGCUGUUGCAGAAGAAGGCGGCGUACGCGUAGGAGACGGGACGGCGGGCGAGGGCGAGGUCUUUGCGGCGCGCGUUACGUUUAAAAAACCAAAAGUAUUCUUUC